CUUUGACACAUGCUCUAGAAUUGACAACUCCGACAAUAUGUCCUCCGCGUGCUCCAGGGCUUCACCUGCACCAGAGUGACCAGUAUGACCACAACCAAGAUCAAGAACCUGGUCAAGGCCUGCAGGAGGAAGGGCAGCAACAGGGUCGUACUGAGAGAGACUCAGUUGACCUGCAUGUACAACUACAUCAAGGAGGAGACAGACGUCACCAGCUACAACCUAUAUCCUCCUGACAUGCUGCUUUACUACGACUACAGUAAGGUUUCUCAGGACACCUGUAAGGACUACUUCAGGGAGCUGGGCGACGCAGACUUCUCCGUGUUCUCCGACGCUCUCAGCUUCAAACGCACAGCCCUGGUUAACAAUGCCAAGACCUGCCUGGUGAGUCACAACACUAGCCGCCCUUUGCCUGAGGGUCCUGGUGAAGGAUCAGGUGACCCGGCGGCGCCUGGGGGGGCCCAGGUGGAGGUGUUGUCAACCACACCCUGA